AUGAAAUCUCACAGAUCUCUUAGCCUUUUCGUAGUGUUCAUUGUUUGUCUCCUCUCUUUCUCUGAUGCCUAUAGAAACUUCGUUGUUGUUGAAUCAUCUGUGUUGCAUGGACCAGCACAAUCUCCCAAUCAUCAUGGUUCAGUUGCUAGGCCAACCAUGGCUCCUACAUCACCACCUGUAGUUGAGCCUCCUAAACAAUCAUCUGUCUUACCUGGACCAUCUCCAUGGCCAGCACACUCUCCCAAGCAUAUUGGUCCUGUUGCAGAACCAGCCUUGGCUCCAUCAUCUCCAUCACCUCUAGCUGAACCUCCUAAACAAUCAUCUCCAGGGCCAGCAUACUCUCCAAAGCAUCAUGGUCCGGUUGCAGGGCCAGUUUUGGCUCCUACAUAUACACCACCACCAGCACAUGUAGCUGAACCUCCUAAACAAUCAUCUGCAUCACCUGCACACUCUCCCAAGCAUCAUGCUCCAACCUUGGCUCCUACAUAUCCACCACCACCUCCCCCUAAACAAUCACCUCCACCUCUACCGUCAACAUCACCCCAAGAUUCAACUUCAUCACCUUCCAAGUAA